CACCGGAAGCUGGAGCCGAACGCGGGUGGAACUAUGGCCUCAACCAGCACCGUGCUUCAUUUUUAAGCAUAAAUACUAUUCAUCGUUACAUAUCAUGUGUCGUUACUUUACAUUAACCGUUAUUAUGUGAAGGAAACGAGGCAACUCUGCAAGUUAUCUUACCAGUUGAACAUGUAUUUCCCAUGAUGCAAUUUACCAGAAGUAGGAGACAAACGCGGAAGUAUGCGAAGAGUGAGCCGGCGAUCCUGUGAGGAUGGCCCGCUGCUGGAGGAGCAGGAGACAGAGGGACAGCGGCAGCUUCACGGCCUUCUGCUACGGCAACUCCACACCCAAGUCGAUGUCGAAAGAUGUGUGGCCAAGAAGGAGAGCUUUGCACCAGCGGCACUCUACAAGCCGUUCGGCGAACAGGCGUCCGGCGUGCAUAGCCUGUCUCAGUUCCAGGCGUUGCAAGAGGACGAGCAGGAGCUGGCCGGCCUGCGAGAGCUGGGCCUGACCGAUCCGGAGAUCCAGCUGUGGCAGAAAAGGGAUGCCCCGGAAAUACCUGAACAGGGUCACGGUGUUUGCGCGGCUCCUGGCGUCAAGCGGCAACGCCUCCAGGUCAUCCAGGACAAGAUCGCAGCCCGGGCAAAGCUUCUCGCGCGGCCCCAGCGCUUUGCCGCCAGCCAGCCGCUGUCCCGGCGCGAGAUGGAGAUUGAGCAGGCGCUCUUCCAGGGCAGCGACCGCCAAGGAUUCCUUACGGCACUCUACCAUCGAGAUGCAAAUAAGCAAGAUGGCCCUCAAGAAACGACAAAUCCAAUGGACUCCUUGUACAAAGAUCUUCUCAGCAAGCCACCCCAGGGUGUGGAAAGUGCCGGAACGUCACGCCUUUUGACAUCUGCCCUGCCACAGGAAAGCGACGGCAAAUCAGAGGAAGGCUCAGCAGAAGCGCCGGAGCGCCACCUCGUCCCCCCGCUGGAGAUCAGCCGGCAAAUCGGCAGCCUGCGUGGGGCAGACGGUGCCGGCUCGGGUCGCCCGCUAACGGUCACGGGGCAGGUGGUGCCCGUGACGAACCGGGAAAUCCGGGAGAACCGGGCAAGCUCGGAGGAGAUCCGGAGCAUCCCGAGAUUCCGAAACUACCAGGCUGGAAAAGCCUCCCAAGUGGUGUGCGUGAAGAACCUGAGUCCGCAAGUGUCAGUGGCCCAGCUGGUGGCGCUGUUCUCCAGGUUCGAAAGACCCGGCGGCGGCGGACCCCCGUUGCUCUACCGCCUCCUGACGGGUCGCAUGAAGGGUCAGGCCUUUGUCACACUGCCAGACAUGGAAACGGCCCAGAAGGCUUUGCAGCUGCUCCAUGGUUACCGGUUGCUAGGGAAACCUUUGGUGUUGGAGUUUGGCCGCGAGCGAAAGGAAGUCGAUGAGCGGGGAGCAAAGACGUCAAAACUAUCGUGUGACGCCAUACACGGACCCUCCGGGUUUCCCAAGAACUCCCGGGUAGCUCCUGGCGCCGCCUCCGACCAGCAUCUGUCCUCUGCUGACGGGGAUGUCUCCCAUUUGAAGUAUGGUGGGCUUUCGCGCCACGGCAAAGGGGAUUUGCCCGCCGUGGCCCCUGUACGUGUAGCCGCCCCGACGCCCUCCGCAGCAUUUCCCGGCAAAGAAGGACAAGGCUAGCGUGCCGCCGCCGAGCACGGAGAGCACGGACGAGGCCAUGCCCAAGUAGAGGCAAGUGCCCGGCGCAAACUUGAGCAACGCAUUGCUACUGGCGGGGAAGUUCCGGAUCACAAUGUUGGCGGUCCAGGAGACGGGCACCAAGGCCACCGUGCCGGCGCCGAAGAGCAACACGCCACCGAUGCCUGCCACCCGUCUCUUGCACGACUCGCACCGCUUCAUGCAAACGGUGCACUGCAUGCCCAUCACGGCAAUGAGCAGGCCCACCACGCUCAGCCCCAGGGAGCUCAACAUGAGGAUUCGGGAGAUCCGGAGAUCGGAGGGCAUCAUCAGGAAGGACUUGUACGUUUCGCACAGGAAGGCCCCGUUCAACUCGUGGGAGCAUCUCAUCCACAGGCCGUUCAUGUUGCUGUCCCUGGCCGUCACUUUUGUGGCCUCGGCGGCGGCGUUCACCGAGACCUCCCAGAAGGGGAGCGCCGUGGUCACCAGGUUGCCCACCAGGCCAGUCAAGCCCAUCGAAAAGCCCAACAGCUCCAGAGACGCAGAAGCCAUAGCGAUCCUGAGGGAGCAAAUGAAACCCCAUAACGCUUGGCUGACUGCCUGACUGACAGACAGACUAUUUGAUGACAAUCAGCAAACUGUGAAGAAUUGCCCUUGGUUAACUUGCAAGCAAGCUUUUUGAGACGCUUAGGAGCUUGUUCGUGCAGCAAAAGCAGCUUUACAAACUACAACUAAAUCAUGACCAAGGCAGUCAUGGGAGCUCACUCCAGGUUUUGGGCAACAAAACUCAUCAAAGCGAGCAAGCUUUCUUUCCUAGGUUAGUCGUUAGCGAGCGAGUCUAGCAUUUCAUAUGAAUGGUGGCUGCGACAAAAGUAAAGCAUUGCAACGUUUGAUCCAAAAUGGAGGCAUGGCAAAACAUACGCCGGUGUUUGGAGAAAUGCAGCAACAUUUUAUUGCUAUCAUUUCACCUGUAGCACUGAGAUAUUUGCCUCAAUUGUAAAGUGCAGUCAGUAGAAAUCAAAUCCAUGAUUCUUAUAGCAUCCUUUUCCAAAUUUGACCAAAGGUUUGAAUCUUAAAAAAAGGAGUCCAAAUGCACCAAUGGUUGCUUAAGACAAUAGAGGCUGAGAUUUUAGGUGUGACAAAAAAAUGAUCAACAAGGCUUUUUGAAACUAUACUCACACUUGACAAGAGUCGGUCGGUCCAAAACCGCGACGAGCGAGCCACUCAAAUCAUCUCCUUCCUUUUUGCCGGGUCGUGUCAUAAGGGUAAAUGUCUCAUCUCUUUAUGGGGUCAUCAUCGUCAUGCCACUUUUGAUAUGUUCAGUUUGUAUUUCACCAUGAAAACCGGAACGCAUCAUAUACGAACGGACGGGGUCAAUGGGCUCGUAAAGAAAACGUCCCUUUCUCAAUCUCAGGAACGCGCAGUACAUUCUUGCAAAACCAACGCGAGUCCCAUUUGAUUGUAUAAUUGAGAUGACUGUGGGGGGGGUCAGGAUUUGUGCUUGUCAAUAUUGACCGUGUUUUCAGCUUUUCUGCCUCAUUUGUGGCCCAUUGGUGCAAAUUCACUCAAAGUUCACCUUUGACCACGUUUGAGACAUGACAAUCGGCUAUUUGUCGUCCUUGGUCGGCAAAAUCAGGACAGCCAGAUUCUCAGAGGACUCUGAGAGUCUUUGUAAAUACGGGCCCAGUUGACACAUCCGGCCGGCUAUUGAUCCGUUUGGGUAGUGUGUGCUCUUGAAUGGACUUUAAUGUGUACUUUAUAUUUGUGGGGUAGUUCAGGGAGAUUGAAAUAAAACUAGGUCCCAUCUUCGUCA